GAUUAUAACCAAGCGGCGCCCUCGUACUCAGUUCCUGGAACGCCGUUUCAGCUGGCCGUGCAGGCAGCGCAAGCAGAUCGUGAAGAGACACUAAGUGACUUUGUGAAACGUUGCCGUGGCAUCCUCGAGGAGGGCCUCAAGUGGGCACCCAGUUUGGUGCGCGCUCAUCUUGCUGAUUACCUUCUUCAGCUGGCUCGUUCGUCCGAUGGCCUUCGUCAGCACACUGGCCUUGCACUAGCCACGGAAGCUGUUCUCGCCUAUGCUGGAUAUACGCAUUCUGCUGGGGCACUUGGGGUCAACAUCUGCCCUUGA